CCGGCCCACGUGGUCCAGCGGCGCUCAGCUGCGGGUCCCGGGCGCGUGGGACCAUGAGCGAGCCGCCGGCCGAAGUGCUCGCCUUCCUGCGCGAGCACCCGAGUCUGCGUCUGGAGCCCGGCGCCCUCAAGGUGAGGUGCGCUCUGACGGGUCAUGAGCUGCCUUGCCGCCUGCCCGAGCUCCAAGUCUACACCCGCGGCAAGAAGUACCAGCGGCUGGUGCGCGCCUCCCCGGCCUUCGACUACGCCGAGUUCGAGCCGCACAUCGUGCCCAGCACCAAGAACCCGCACCAGCUGUUCUGCAAACUCACCCUGCGACACAUCAACAAGUCCCCAGAGCAUGUGCUGAGGCACACCCGGGGCCGUCGGUACCAGAGGGCGCUGCAGAAAUAUGAGGCGUGUCAGGAGCAGGGUGUGGCCUUCGUGCCCGCCGGCCUCCUGCACAAGAGGAAGAGGAGGGAGGACCGGCCAGAAAGCGACGGGCCAGCUCGCCCCGGACAAGCCUUCUGGGAACCCGUGUCCAGCGACGAUGGCACAGCCCCAAGUGACAGUGACGACAGCAUGACAGACCUGUACCCACCCGAGCUGUUCACUAGAAAGGACCUGGGAGGGACCGAGCACGGGGACGGCAACGACGACCUCCUGACCGACGAGGAGGACGAGAAGCCACGGCGCCCCAGAGCGACGGGCCCCGGACACGGCGAGCACACGGCCGUGGGCCGGGAGCGGGUCCUCAAGCGCCGGCAGAAGCAGUCCAGCUCGGUGAAAAAGAAGUUCAAGAGUCAUCACUGCAAACCAAAGACCUUCAGCUCUUUUAAGCAGUCGGGUUAAUAAAGGCUGGAGAAGACCCCGAGAGCCUUUCGAGAACCCCCUGGGCGUCCACCCCGUGUCCCAGCCACCCGCCAGCAUCUCUGAACUGGUGGGAUGGCCAAGGCCUGCUCCAUCCACUCCUCCUCUGCGGGUCUCACACCCACACCCAGGAGGCAGCAGGGGCCCCGAGGGAAGAAUUCUGCCUGGACGUGGCCUUCGGUGAAGCCGGGCGGGGCACCAGAGCAGCGCCCUGGACAGGCUCCCCCUGGCUGGACAACACCAGAGGCUCACACUGCAUACAACAAAUGCCAUUAUUUAUUAUUUUGUCGUGUCUCCAAAAAUCAAAAUGUUUUCAAACACAACUAAGAUAUAAAAUACAGCAUAAAAUGAGAUUCAUAUCUA